AUGAAGAAAUACUUUAAGUUUUAACAGGAAUUUUAAUUUAUUGAGGUAUUGAAGUACAAUGUGAUCAUGUGUCCGGCUGACCCUGACUGUCACUUGGCCAGAAAGCUUACAAAGGUGUUUGAUUGAAAGUGUGAUUACACUAUUUUGUUAAAAGUAAGCAAGUAAAUUGACACUACUGUCCACAUAGUGAACAGGUCUUAGAUUUUCCCACUUUCGCUGUUGAUGUCACAUGACUUCCUGUAUACGAAUGACUGGUAGUUGGUACGCAGCCAGGUUAAUCCUGCUUUUAAACCAGGAACUACCCCGCCUUGCAAGAACAGUUUUUAAAACUCCCCUUAUACAAUCUGACGAUGUCUGCUAAAGCCUGUCCAGAACCUGUUGAACAUCCCGCACUGCACAAGUUCCUCUCUGCUGUGUUUUACGCCGGCAGCUCGUUUCUCAUUACGGUGGUGAAUAAAACGGUGUUGACGAGCUUCAGGUUUCCCUCCUAUAUGUGUGUGGGAAUUGGCCAGAUGAUCACCACUCUUCUUGUCCUGCACACCGCCAAAAUGAGCAAAGUGAUCCAGUUUCAAGAUUUUGACAGAAGUAUCCUUUUAAAAAUGUUCCCUCUUCCUUUGCUGUAUGUUGGAAACCAUAUAACAGGACUGGCAAGCACCAAAAAACUCAGUUUACCCAUGUUUACAGUAUUACGGAAAUUCACCAUAUUGAUGACAAUGAUCUUGGAAGUAUAUAUAUUGAAAAAAACUUUUCCUAAACGCCUUGUGUACAGUGUUGUGGCCAUAGUCCUUGGUGCCAUGGUUGCUGCAAGUUCUGACCUGGCCUUUGAUGUGGAGGGAUAUACUUUCAUCCUGCUCAAUGAUGCCUUCACUGCCGCCAGCAGUGUGUAUACCAAGAAGAAACUUGACAUUGAGGGCCUUGGGAAGUAUGGUGUCUUAUUUUACAAUGCACUCAUAAUUAUUAUCCCCACUCUCUUGGCAAGUGCAUUUACGGGAGAUUUACAUGAGGCAGUCACAUUUGAGGGCUGGUUUAAAGCCACGUUUAUCUUUUGUUUCCUCAUGUCCUGCUUCAUGGGGUUUGUGCUGAUGUACUCCAUAGUCCUGUGCAGCUAUUAUAACUCAGCACUUACAACCACAGUAGUGGGAGCAAUAAAGAAUGUUGCAGUAGCCUAUAUUGGCAUCUUUGUGGGUGGAGACUACCUGUUCUCUUGGACCAAUUUCCUGGGACUCAGCAUUUGUAUGUCAGGAGGACUAGUGUACUCAUAUCUCACCUUUAGCACCAAACCGUCUAGAAGUACCACAGAAGAAGCACAAGAGCUGAAGAUUCACAUUACAGAAGAUUCAACAGGAAGUACAAAAUGAAUAUUUUAGCUUUCCCCACUUGGUGGCAUUGUUGUGCUCCAUAUUGGAGCAUAGAAUAGCUUCUACACUUUCAUUUUUAUAUUUAUUUAAAAUAAAUGGAUACAUCACUGGU